AUGUCCCGGAUGCCCGUGUUUGGACCGACCCUGGAGGCGGAUUACACAAAGAUAGUCCAGAUUGUGGAGACACAGAUUGAAACGCUGAUAUACAAAGCAUGGCGACGCCACGAAGUGAUCGAGAAACUUGACCACCUUUGUCGCGAGCUGGUAUUGCAAGCAACCUGCGAUGAACGUAGGCCUCGCAGUCAUCUCCUUGGGUAUACGCAAUUCCAACGUUUGUCCAUGACACUCAGACUUCGUUUACCAGAAGCAAUCCUCAUCCUCCAGAGUGACUGGACUAGUUAUAAGAUAAGUAACCGGGCCUUCGACUGGAAGAAAGAGGAUGUGAUUGAACACAAGGCGGUUUGUUUCCUCAAGGAGACACUCGUCGCUGCGCAGUCAACUGACUGGUAUCUUUGA